UUAUAUUCUACUUGUGAAUUAGAACGCGCAACAUAAAUAAUUUUGUUAAUUUUGUUAAAUUAUUAAAUAAUCAGAAACCACGGGACAGUCAAAUAUGGUUACAUUGUAUACAUAAUUCUAUACAUAAAUAGCAUUAUGCGAUUAGUACUGGCCUACAUAUUCGAUAUGUUAUAGUCACGGUCUCAUUCAAAGUCAAAUACAGGCCAUGGGAACCUUCGAGGAAGAUCAGAAUAUGGACAUCAUCGAGGAGGAUAUGCGUUGGUUUUACGAGGCUGAAGGCGGAGAGUGGCAUAUGUUUGGUGUAAAUCCAAUUGAUCAAUGUCCUUUGACCAAUUGGUUAAUUGAAGUAGAGUACUGCAUUAAUCCGAAUGGAUGUAUGGACUACCGCAUAGCCGAUUGUAUUUACCGAUUGGAUUUCUCAGUAAUGAAACAUUUCAACUUAUCAACUGGAAUGCAGCGACCAAUUACACGUUGCCGUUCUACUAUUGGCCACAGGUCUCCUGAUGGUAAACCUAUACCUACUCCUCCCAUUUGGGAAACAGACCUCCCAUGCCAGCUAAUCUCACUUGACAGUGGUACCCAAGAAUGUCAAGGUGUAGUGAAGAUGUUUGCGGAGACAAAUCCAGAUGUUCCCAUCAGGUCAAUAAGGAGAAUACAGAACAUCCCUCUGUGGGAGUCCUUUUGCCGGAAGAAAGCAGAGCUGACACAGAUCAAAAAGAUCCCUCUUGAGGAGAGAAGGUUGUUCCAUGGUACGCCCCACAAAAACAUUAAGGCCAUAUGUACUUCUAAUUUUGACUUGAAGUUUGUGGGAAGCAACGGUUCUGUCUAUGGAAAAGGGAUUUAUUUUGCAAGAAAUGCAAGCUACGCGCUGAAAUUCUGUGUUGGCCAAGGGAAAUGUAAUGGCAUAACACCAUCAAAGACCAUCAUCCUGGCUCGGGUCCUGGUAGGAGAGUUUACACAGGGUGAUAAAGACCUGGGUGAAGCCCCUUCCAAAGAUCGGACCAACACAAGCUUCUAUGACAGCUGUGUAGACAGAUUCAGUAACCCUAACAUUUUUGUGGUCUUUGACAGAAACCAGGUAUACCCCGAGUAUUUGAUUGAUUUUGAUUGAUGGUUACUCAGAGUGAUUCAAAUGACUGAAAGGCUGAACUGAACUGAAGUAAAUAUAAUACUAUAGUUCCUGCCAUUUUAGCGUUACUUAUUAAAGUUACAGUCCCCUCCAAAAGUAUUGGAACAGCAAGGUCAAUUCCUUUGUUUUUGCUAUACACUAAAGACAAUUGAAUUUGAGGUUAAAAUAUGGACAUGAGAUGGCAGAUCCGGAUCUUUUAUUUCCUGGUAUUUUCUAUCUAGAUUUGUUUAACAACAUAUCACCUUUUGUAUCACCCAAUACUUAAGUGAGCAAAAGUAUUGGAACAUGUGACUGAGAGGUGUUUCUUGUGUCCUGUUAGAUUGAUUGGUUUAACAUUAAACAGUUCUGAUUUUAGCCUUGGGUUUUGCCUGUGAAGACUGCAUUUAGAUAAACCAACAUGGGCUGUCUUUGGGAGAAAAGCAAGGCAAUUUGAAACUUAAAAAAGAAGGGAAAUCGUUCAGAGCCAUUGCACAAGCAUUGGGGAUAGCUUUUACAACAACUUGGAAACUGCUGGCAUACUGAGCAUACUGAGCAACAGACAGGUCAACCAAGGAAAACAACAGCAGUUGAUGACAGAAACAGUUGUGAGAGCUGUGAAGUAAACCCCCAAAAAAUCAGUCAGUGACAUCACAAACAAUCUCCACAGGGCAGGGGGGAAGGUAUCUCAAUCUACUGUUAUACCACAAGAUGCAAAGCACUCAUCAGUGGUAAGAAUCACAAUUUGCAAAGAAGUGCAGAGAUGAGCCACAGAAGUUCUGGAACAAUUUUUUUAUGGACUGAUGAGACCAAGGUUAACCUCUACCAAAGUGAUGGAAGGCCAAAGGCCAAAGUGUGGUGAAAGAAGGGAUCAACUCUUGAUCCAAAACAUAGAAACUCAUCUGCGAAGCACGGUGGAGGAAGUGUUAUUGCCUGGGCUUACAUGGCUGCUUCUGGAGUGGGCUCACUAAUCAUUAUUGAUAAUGUAACUCAUGAUGGUAGCAGCAGGAUGAAUUCAGAAGUCUACAAAGUCUACAGAAGUCUACAAUUCAGAAGUCUCUUAAGGGCGGCCUCUAGCGUAGUGGUUGAGGUACAUGACUGGGACCCGCAAGGUCGGUGGUUUGAUCCCCGGUGUAGCCACAAUAAGAUCUGCACAGCCAUUGGGCCCUUGAGCAAGGCCCUUAACCCUGCAUUGCUCCAGGGGAGGAUUGUCUCCUGCUUAGUCUAAUCAACUGUACGUCGCUGUGCAUAAGUGUCUGCCAAAUUCCAUCAAUGUAAUGUUAAUGUACAAAAACAUUAUGUCUGCCAACUUAUGGAGAAAUGCAUCCAAACUAACUGGGAGGAACUUCAUCAUGUAGCAAGACAAUCAGCGAAAACACACUGCCAACACAACAAAGGACUUCAUUCGGGAGAAAAAGUUAAAGGUUUUAGACUGGCCAAGUCAAUCACCAGACCUUAACCCAGAUGAGCAUGAAUUUCACCUCCUGAAGAGGAUUUUGAAGGGCAAAACCCCCAAUGAAAACGAAAAGAGGCUGCAGUAAAAUCCUGGAAAAGCAUCAGAAAAGAAGAAUGCAACAAUUUGUAAUGUCAAUGCUUGACACAGUUAUUGCAAGCAAGAGAUAUGCUAUCAAAUAUUAAGUGUCAUUUACUUGAAUUGCUUAAAUACUCUCUAUUCCUAUACGCACCUAACAAUUGGGUGGUCUGAUACCAAAGGUGCUAUGUUCUGAGUAGUUUAACACAUCUAAGUGCAAAUACCAGGAAAUAAGAGCUGAAAUUCUGAACUCUAGUCUUGUGUUCAUCUUUUUAUCUCAACCCAUAUGUAUUAAGUGUAUUGCAAAAACAAAGGAAUUGGCCUUGCUGUCCAAUACUUUUUGAGGGGACGUUUAAAUCUUUUAAAACAUUUCAUGGAGUGCCUUUAGGAUAUAAUAAUCUCUCAUAAUUCUGCAGAGCUUGUUCAUGUAUGUCCUGUGUAUUCUCAAUCAAUGAUUAUACUGCUUGGAAUUGAUAAUCGCCCAAUGUCAUUCUAUGAACUCUGAAACAGAGAAUCACACGUAUCUUUAUUGCAGAUUGUCACACACUUAAUUAUUGGUUUUGGCCCUAUUAGGUUAGUGCCUAGUACCAUCUGAGGAACAUGACAAUCAGUCUUUAAUUUAACUAUGGUAAGGAUUCAAAUUCAAAUGGUGGAGUAUGUCCAUAGGAAAAUUAACCAAGCUGCUCGCCAGAUAGAUUCAGGAGCACGUUAUCUCAAUUCCCUGUUUUCUGUUCCAUGCGAGUACUGAAAGAUAGCAUAGUAGCAAUAUUGAAAACUAAGUUCUGUACAAAAGGUUUCCAGUUGUUUAUAUUUUUCUGUGGUAACUAAUAGUUAGUAUUUUCAAAUAGUAUAACUAAUAUACCUAUGGAUGGCUGCUGCUGUACGGAUUUGCAGUUUUCUGUGUUUGGAAUACUGAUUUGAAGUUUGCACCAGGCUGAGCUUGUUGUGUGCCCUGCGUACAAGGUCGCUAGUACUAUGUACAUCUCUCGGUCUAUGUCUCUAAAAUGCAUUACAAAUGCAUGUGUAUAUACACUCACUGAGCACUUUAUUAGGAACACAGGCUAUGGCCUCCCUUUGCUCUCAAAACAGCCUCAAUUCAUUGGUGGCGUGGAUUCCACAAGAUGUUGAAAACAUUCCUUUGAGACUGUUCCAUCUUGAUAUGAUUGCAGCGUACAAUUUCAGCAUUUUUGUCAGCUGCACAUUCAUGCUGCGAAUCUCCCGUUCUACCACAUCCCAAAGGUGUUCUAUUGGAUUCAGAUCCGGCGACUGGGAAGGCCACUGAAGAACAUUGAACUCAUUGUCAUGUUCAUGAAACCAGUUUAAGACCACUUUUGCUUUGUGACAUGGUGCAUUAUCAUUUUGGAUGUAGCCAUUAGAAGAUAGGUACAUUGUGGCCAUGAAGGGAUGUACAUGGUCAGCAACAGUACUCAAAUAGGCUGUGGCAUUCAAGCGAUGAUAGAGCGGUAUUAACGGGCCCGAUGUGUGCCAAGAAAACAUUCUACACACCAUUACACCACCGCCACCAGAGUGGACUGUUGACACAAGGCAGAUUGGGUCCAUGCCCCAGAAAUUCAGCAGACAAAGCUACAUUUCUCCAGGCUUCAACUGUCAAGUUUUGGUGAUCCUGUGCCCACUGCAGCCUCAGCUUUCUGUUCUUGGCUGACAGAAGUGGAACCCUACAUGUCCUUCUGCUGUUGUAGCCCAUCCACCUCAAGGUUCGACGUGUUGUGCAUUCUGAGAUGCUUUUCUGCUCACCACAGUUGUUCAGAGUAGUUUUACCGUAGCGUUUCUGUCAGCUCAGACCAGUCUGGUCAUUCUCCAUUGACCUCUCUCAUCAACAGGUGAUUUCCGUGAGAGACUGUUGUGUGUGAAAAUUCCAGGAGAUCAGCAGUUACAGAAAUACUCAAACCUGGCACCAACAAUCAUGCCACGGUCGAAAUCACUGAGAUCACGUUUUCCCUCAUUCUGAUGGUUGAUUUGAACAUUAACUGAAGUUCCUGAACCGUAUCUGCAUGAUUUUAUGCAUUGCACUGCUGCCACGCGAUUGGCUGAUUGGAUAAUCACAUGAAUAAGUAGGUGUACAGGUGCUCCUAAUAAUGUGCUCAGUGAGGGUACUUACAAUGUAUUUCAUCAUGGACUUCAUCCAGUUAGAUGGACUAGGAACAGAGAUCGAGAAAAACUUUGAAUCUAAGCAGGCCUCGAGACUCCCAGGUAGCAAAGCUUGUUUGACUUAAUUGAGUGCAUCACUUCUAAUUACCAACAUUCAUUACACUGUCAAAAGGUGUCUACUGUUCUUUUUUUCUUUUUUAUUUUGAAACAUUUUUUAUAUUUAUUGCUUUAUUAUGUCCAGAUGUACUGUCAGUGAGAAUCCUUCCAUACCAAUUCCUUUACUGUGGUAAAGGUUGGUGUUACUGAAGAAACUUAUCAGGUAAUUAUGAGCAAUUUUGUUGACUUCCUCAUAGAGGAAAUGAGUUACUGCAUAAUAAAUGUAGGAAACUGUGUAUGUGUGUUUUUGUGUGAGUGCAUGGGUGGGUGCAUGGGUGUGUGUGUGUGUGUGUGUGUGUGUGUAUGCGUGUGUGCAUUGUAAUGACUUCAAAUAAUUCAUAAAUAAAGAAAUGUUUUCUCCCGA